AUGCUGCUGGUGCACUUGGGCACCAAUCGUGUCUGCUCUGUGGACAUCUGCUCGUCGUCUCCUGGUGUAGAAGGCUGCUGCACGCCCUUUCCGGUUUUCUCCCUGCUCUAUGACAUGGCAGAACUCCUCCUCGGGGAGUCGAAGCUGGAGCAGUACCUGAAGGAACACCCCCUGAGGCAGGGGACCAGCCCCCGAGGCCCCAGGCCCCAGCUGACCGAGGUCCGAAAGCAUCUGACUGCCGCCCUGGACCGAGGGAACCUCAAGUCAGAAUUCCUACAAGAAUCCAAUGUGAUCAUGGCCAAGCUGAAUUAUGUGGAAGGAGAUUAUAAAGAAGCACUCAACAUCUAUGCCCGGGUGGGCCUCGAUGAUCUGCCGCUGACAGCCAUCCCCCCUUACAGGCUGCGGAUGAUUGCGGAGGCCUACGCCACCAAAGGACUUUGUUUAGAGAAGUUGCCUAUUUCCUCUUCUACCAGUAACCUCCACGUGGACCGGGAACAGGAUGUCAUCACCUGCUAUGAGAAGGCGGGGGACAUUGCACUACUGUAUCUCCAGGAGAUAGAAAGGGUCAUACUUACUAAUAUUCAAAACAGAAGCCCUAAGCCUGGCCCUGCUCCCCACGAUCAAGAACUAGGUUUUUUCCUAGAAACAGGACUUCAGAGAGCCCAUGUCCUCUAUUUCAAAAAUGGGAACUUGACAAGGGGAGUUGGGAGAUUUAGAGAGAUCCUCAGAGCAGUGGAAACAAGGACUACUCAAAACCUGCGAAUGACAAUAGCCAGGCAGUUGGCAGAAAUCUUACUGCGGGGUAUGUGUGAACAGAGCUACUGGAACCCCCUGGAGGACCCACCCUGCCAGUCACCCCUGGAUGACCCACUCCGGAAAGGAGCAAACACGAAAACCUACAGCCUCACUCGGAAAGCUCGAGUCUACUCAGGAGAGAACAUUUUUUGUCCUCAAGAAAAUACAGAGGAAGCCCUGUUGUUAUUGCUGAUCAGUGAAUCGAUGGCCAACCGGGACGCUGUGCUGAGCAGGAUCCCCGAGCACAGGAGCGACCGCCUCAUCAGCCUGCAGAGCGCCUCGGUGGUCUAUGACUUGCUGACCAUCGCUCUGGGGAGAAGAGGCCAAUAUGAGAUGCUGUCCGAGUGUUUAGAAAGAGCCAUGAAGUUUGCCUUUGAGGAGUUCCACCUCUGGUACCAGUUUGCCCUGUCGCUGAUGGCUGCUGGAAAGUCUGCACGUGCUGUGAAGGUAUUGAAAGAAUGUAUCCGUCUGAAGCCUGAUGAUGCCACCAUCCCACUCCUCGCCGCCAAGCUGUGCAUGGGCUCCCUUCACUGGUUGGAAGAGGCUGAAAAGUUUGCCAAAACUGUUGUUGACGUGGGAGAAAAAACAUCCGAGUUCAAGGCCAAAGGCUACUUAGCUCUGGGGCUCACAUACAGUCUUCAGGCCACUGAUGCUUCUCUGCGAGGGAUGCAGGAGGUCCUGCAGAGAAAGGCGCUUCUUGCGUUUCAGAGGGCCCACAACCUGUCACCUACAGAUCACCAAGCAGCUUUCUACCUGGCUUUGCAACUCGCCAUCUCCAGACAGAUUCCAGAGGCUCUUGGGUACGUCCGCCAAGCUCUUCAACUUCAAGGUGAUGAUGCCAACUCCUUGCACCUCCUUGCUCUUCUGCUGUCAGCACAGAAACACCAUCAGGAUGCCCUGAAUAUCAUUGACAUGGCGCUCAGUGAAUACCCAGAAAACUUCAUACUGCUGUUUUCCAAAGUGAAGUUGGAAUCGCUGUGCCGGGGCCCAGAUGAGGCGCUCCUCACCUGUAAGCACAUGUUACAGAUCUGGAAAUCCUGCUACAAUCUAACCAACCCCAGUGACUCUGGACGCGGCAGCAGCCUCUUAGAUAGAACCAUUGCUGACAGACGACAGCUUAAUACAAUUACUCUGCCAGACUUCAGCGAUCCCGAGACAGGCUCUAUCCACGCCACAUCAGUAGCAGCCUCGAGAGUGGAGCAGGCGCUGUCGGAAGUGGCCUCAUCUCUGCAGAGCAGCGCCCCCAAGCAGGGGCCUCUACACCCUUGGAUGACGCUGGCCCAGAUCUGGCUCCAUGCAGCUGAAGUCUACAUCGGCAUCGGGAAGCCCGCCGAAGCCACAGCUUGUACCCAGGAAGCGGCCAACCUCUUCCCCAUGUCCCACAACGUCCUGUACAUGCGUGGCCAGGUUGCUGAGCUGCGAGGAAACCUUGACGAAGCCCGGCGGUGGUAUGAAGAAGCCUUAUCCAUCAGCCCCACCCACGUGAAAAGCAUGCAGCGACUGGCUCUGAUCCUUCACCAGCUGGGUCGCUACAGCCUAGCAGAGAAGAUCCUUCGGGAUGCCGUUCAGGUGAACUCGACAGCCCACGAGGUGUGGAACGGGCUGGGCGAGGUCCUCCAAACCCAGGGUAACGAUACGGCAGCCACCGAAUGCUUCCUGACUGCCCUGGAGCUGGAGGCCAGCAGCCCAGCUGUGCCCUUCACCAUCAUCCCCAGGGUGCUCUGA